CAGGUAACAUUGAGGUUGGGUCAACGCUCCAUCGGGAGUAUAUUUGAGGUGAACUCGAAUAACUUUCAGUUUUUCGAGUUGAGCCUUCUGUGUAGAGAGUUUCCAGCUAGGUUCAAGCAUAUAGUGAAAGCCUUCGAACUAUUAAGGCCGUAAUCGACAUAUUUCGUGUUCAACGGUGAUGGUUGAACAAAGAUUGCGUUACAAACUAUUUACCUACACCCCUUCUAGAGGUUGGAAGUAUUUUGCAUCUAUCUACCCUGUUGAUGACAUUUACUGUUUGGUGUUAUACUCUUCUAUGGUCUCAAGCUGCUACCGCUUUCUCAACCCAAACCUGCUUCCGGUCUUCGGGCAACUCCUGCCAUCUUGUGGCCAUGGUAGCGUUGAUCUCCGAGAAACUUGCUCCAGGCCAUUCUUGCCGGAUUAACUUCCUGUUCUCCAUUGUGAAAAGCAAAUAAGAUGUUGGGGUCUUCUUGGGCUUUUUAAGAUCGAACGGGGUCUUAUCCUUCUUCUUCUUCUCCUUUAGCUUUUAGUGCUUCAAAUUCUUCUUAACUUGAUCAAUUUCUUCCUUCUGAUUGAGGAGCUGCAGGGCCUGCACCUUCACCUGCUCUUUACUCUGAUCCUCGGCCACUUUCAGUUCAUCUGAGUUUGUGGGCUUCGAGCGGGAAGAGAGGGCGAAAGCGGGGCCGAGAGAAUCUGAGCACGCGGGGUGGAUUAUCUGAGACCGCUGCUCUUUUGAGCGCAGCAGGUUGAGGUUUAGUUUAUUGCCGUGUAUCGCCGAUUAUCAUACUAUACAGUAUGAGCGAGCACGAUGUGCCUGCCGGGAGUUGUGGGAUUAAGAGAGAGAACGAGCUGAAAAUCCAAAGUUGCUCAUACAAGUUAGACUUAUCAAAAAAUAUUCGAGGGAUCUGCACCGACACGAGAUGUUGAAUGUUUAUGCAAGAUUUUUGUAUGUGAGUGAGGGGAUGAGAACGAGGUUUUCCCACGUGGAGUGGAGAGGUGGUGUCCAGGACUACAGAUGCAGAUUGUGAAUCACUCACAAGCGCACAAUUUUGGUGCAUGAUACUGGUUGAUUUCAAGUGGAGUGUAGGGAAAGAUACUGCUCGAGCAACUCCAUUGUGUUCUUCAAAGUGAACUCCAUUAGGAGGGUAGGGAAUGUCGGACUCGGCUCUCCGUGAGCUUGUACUCAAUUGAGCUCUCAUAAUUUUACACUUCAUUGAUAUACUCAGAUUGCUCGGAGCUUGGGCUUCUCUUUCCUUCAUUACUUCCAUUCCCAAGGCUUUCCCUUGGCUACACAAAUAUUUGAAUAGCAUAUGUUGGGAGUAGGGUAAACAAGGAUUUUGAGAAGUGAUUUCAAGCACUUUGCACAGUUUUUGGACAGCG